AUGGCGGAGGCGCCUGAUAGGGAGGAGCUGGACGAGGCGCGGAGGCGCGGAGAAGGAGCGCGCGCACGCCGGCUGGCAAGGGAGCGGACGCGGCGACUUGAAGGGGCCGUCCCGACAGCUCGAAUGCCACGGCGAUGGAGGCCGAGCGACUCGAAGCCAGGUCAGCUCACAGGUGGAGCAGAGCAUAGGCGAGGAAAACGACCGAGGCGGCUCACGGGUAAGCGGGCGGCGGAGCCACCGGCGCGGGCGUCGCAGACGGCCACAGGAGGGAGGUGGGGGGAGCAAAGCGCAAGAGCAAGCGCAAGAGCAGGCGUGUGCGGGAGUAGUGCCCUCAAGGUGCUCGUCCUCAGCUUCUACAUGUCUUUCCCUCACCUGAGCUCCAUAGGCCGCCUAGUCGAGGGCAUCGUGAGCUUGGGCAACACCGAAUGGCUUGAGUUUUGCAUAUCCCUGCCACCCACCGAGCCGCUGGGCAGAGCCAUCGAGAUUGGGCAGGAGUUCAUGGCCUUCUCCCGUGCCUACCCAGUCGCCUUCUCAUGGCUCACGACGCUUACGCUCGAAUAUCAUGAUUUUGGACAUUCGGGCAUCACUGACCUCAUUCGCACUUGCGGUAGGCUCAGGCACCUCAAGCUGAGAGUCUGCAGACUGCUUGACCUGCACUCCACGCUCAAGAUUGAUGUGUCGUGCUCUCAGCUCCAGGAGCUCGAGUUCAUCGGAUUUGGAUGCACGCGGAUCAAGCUCGUCUCUGUCCCGAAGCUUAGGCAAGUGGAGUGCUAUCGUUGGCUCUUCAAGAACACUCCAGUGCGCUUCGGCUACGUUCCUGAGCUUCGCGGUUUAGUACUCUCUUCUAAAGCUAAGGCAUGGCAAGAGCCAUUCGCACUGAGCGAGUGCCUGUCAACGAGUACCGUUGCCAGGAACCUGUCAAAACUGACUCUGUGUUUUGGGUACCAAAUGAUUUGGAUUCAGCCAGAAUCUCCGAAGCAGCUUGUUGUUAUGUUCAGAAACCUGACCUCUGUGCGUCUUUUCCGUAUCAUCAGUGAGUGUGAUCUGAGCUGGACACUGUUUAUCCUUGAAGCUGCACCGGCCCUACAAGAUAUGACAUUAUCUCGACAUUCAUGUGUGAAGACGCCCGAGAAGAGUGCCGAGAAGACCAACGUGGUGUGGGAACCAUCCAAGGAUUUAAAGCACCUGAACUUGAAGGUGCUGCAGAUCUACGGGUGCGAGGAUGAAGACAAGGUGAGAAACUAUAUAAGGCUUGUCAUGGAACGAGCUGUGGGGCUUUUUAUAAUCCAGUUGUAUGGUGAAAGCCCAUGCAUGUACUGCGAUGCCACCAACCUUGAAAGAUCAGACGCGGAAAAAACUAGCAGGCGUUGGAUUAAGGAGCAACUCACAUAUGGAUCAUCCUCAUCUGUGGAGAUAAUUAUUUGUUGACGGAUAUGGUCAGGGAAUGCUAGUGGUCUCGUAAUGCUCACAGGCUUGGAAGAGGCGCAGCCAGUUGUAAUUCUAAUUUCUAGUUAUUGGUAACCUGAGAAUACUUGCUUCGUGUGGACCUCGCAAUUCUAAUUUCUGGUUAUUGCUAGCCUGGGAAUAGUUGAUCGCACUGUGGCUAAAUUAAAAUGUGUGUACUUGAAUCUGGA